AGGCGGGACCUCGCGGGAGAAACUGCGGAGGGCGGGACCAACCAGGGAGGGGCGGCGCUGUCGGAUGGGCGGGACCUCGCGGGAGGAGCUGCGGAAAGCUGAGCUGGAAUCACCAAAAGCAGGGAAGAGUGGAAAAAGUUCAAAAGAAGGACAAGACACAGUAGAAUCAGAGCAAAUUUCCGUCAGGAAAAACAGCCUUGUUGCUGUCCCGUCUACAGUAUCUGCUAAAAUAAAAGUACCAGUCUCUCAGCCCAUAGUGAAGAAAGACAAACGGCAAAAUUCUUCAAGGUUUAGCGCAAGCAAUAAUAGAGAACUUCAAAAACUACCAUCCUUAAAAGAUUGCAAAUGCACAAGAUUCGAGACCUAUGUAUACAGAGGGCCAACUUUUCAUACGCACGGGUUCUGCGGGCCGACUGUGGGACUUGAAUAUGCGUGGAUUUGGAUGUUCCUCCUGCUGAUCAAGAGAAGCUUUUUAUCCAGAAGUUACGUCAGUGUUGCGUCCUCUUUGACUUUGUUUCUGAUCCACUAAGUGACCUAAAGUGGAAGGAAGUAAAACGAGCUGCUUUAAGUGAAAUGGUAGAAUAUAUCACCCAUAAUCGGAAUGUGAUCACAGAGCCUAUUUACCCAGAAGUAGUCCAUAUGUUUGCAGUUAACAUGUUUCGAACAUUACCACCUUCCUCCAAUCCUACGGGAGCGGAAUUUGACCCGGAGGAAGAUGAACCAACGUUAGAAGCAGCCUGGCCUCAUCUACAGCUUGUUUAUGAAUUUUUCUUAAGAUUUUUAGAGUCUCCAGAUUUCCAACCUAAUAUAGCGAAGAAAUAUAUUGAUCAGAAGUUUGUAUUGCAGCUUUUAGAGCUCUUUGACAGUGAAGAUCCUCGGGAGAGAGAUUUUCUUAAAACCACCCUUCACAGAAUCUAUGGGAAAUUCCUAGGCUUGAGAGCUUACAUCAGAAAACAGAUCAAUAAUAUAUUUUAUAGGUUUAUUUAUGAAACAGAGCAUCAUAAUGGCAUAGCAGAGUUACUGGAAAUAUUGGGAAGUAUAAUUAAUGGAUUUGCCUUACCACUAAAAGAAGAGCACAAGAUUUUCUUAUUGAAGGUGUUACUACCUUUGCACAAAGUGAAAUCUCUGAGUGUCUACCAUCCCCAGCUGGCAUACUGUGUAGUGCAGUUUUUAGAAAAGGACAGCACCCUCACGGAACCAGUGGUGAUGGCACUUCUCAAAUACUGGCCAAAGACUCACAGUCCAAAAGAAGUAAUGUUCUUAAACGAAUUAGAAGAGAUUUUAGAUGUCAUUGAACCAUCAGAAUUUGUGAAGAUCAUGGAACCCCUCUUCCGGCAGUUGGCCAAAUGUGUCUCCAGCCCACACUUCCAGGUGGCAGAGCGAGCUCUCUAUUACUGGAAUAAUGAAUACAUCAUGAGUUUAAUCAGUGACAACGCAGCGAAGAUUCUGCCCAUCAUGUUUCCUUCCUUGUACCGCAACUCAAAGACCCAUUGGAACAAGACAAUACAUGGCUUGAUAUACAACGCCCUGAAGCUCUUCAUGGAGAUGAACCAAAAGCUAUUUGAUGACUGUACACAACAGUUCAAAGCAGAGAAACUAAAAGAGAAGCUAAAAAUGAAAGAACGGGAAGAAGCAUGGGUUAAAAUAGAAAAUCUAGCCAAAGCCAAUCCCCAGUACACAGUGUAUAGUCAAGCCAGCACCAUGAGCAUUCCGGUUGCAAUGGAGACAGAUGGGCCUUUAUUUGAAGAUGUGCAGAUGCUGAGAAAGACAGUGAAGGACGAGGCUCAUCAGUUGGUCGGGAGAAAAGCAGUGUCAACCACGCAAGUAAGGAAGGUGUAGAGAGACGGAAGGCACAGAAAGAUCCGAAGAAGGACCGUCCUCUUGCACGCCGCAAGUCCGAGCUGCCUCAGGACCCCCACACCAAGAAAGCCUUGGAAGCUCACUGCAGGGCCGAUGAGCUGGCCUCCCAGGACGGCCGCUAGCCUCCGGGGCGCCGCGUCGGGGCUGGGCCCGCCAGUUCCUGCCUGGAUUCUGUAGAAAAUACAUACUUUCUGUGCCAUACCAAUCAGUUACACUCAAAGCUUUCUUGGACCCCGUUCCGUAGGCAAUAACGUGCGUCCGCCUCAGCGCGAGAUUAGGAGUUCAAACAAUGGUGACUUCCCAGAGCCCGCUGGCAGAGCCGCGGCUUGACGACGGUGUCCUCACAGUGUCGCCGCCACCCCAGCGUAGUCCAAGUCAGACUAUUUCACAAAGUCAGAGCGAUAGGAAAGCACCCUGCCCUUCAUUCUUCGUGUUCUCCCAAAUGGAACUUAGGAUCUUUUAACAUAGGUGGUUCUGUGAUAACAUCAAUGUUUUCCAAAUCAAAGGAACGCUUUAAAAAAUAGGACCUAUUUUUUAAGACUUUACAGCCUUUGAAAUGGUUUCCACGUGAUUGUUACGCCAGCAGUUCUCGUUUGUUUGUUUUUCAAUCUCAGUGACAUGGCUCUUUGCUUUCGAGUUCUCACACAACGUACUGGGCAAAUGACAAUCCUCAGCCGCUGGUAUUUUCUAAGGGGUCUCUUCACUUUGAUGAGUGACAUGAACGCCGUGUCUCCUUCUCUUGUGUGUACCUAAAGCCAUAUUUCCAAGUCUGUGGUACUCCAGGAUUCCAGGAGUAAGCUUGUAGAAGAGAUUUAUUUUAAAAGAGAUUGCUCUGAAAUUUAUCUUAAAAGAGCUUGCUCUGUCUACCUUGACAGAAAUUGGAGUUUAAAAAUUAUGUGUUAAUAUUUUUAUUUGCAGAUUUCGUUUCCAUCAACUUAAACAUUGUUGCCCUUCAACAAGGCUCUUGAAUUAAUAAAAUUAUAGUCUCUAAGAAUUCCACAUUUUAUGGAAAGUUAGAGCAAAAUCAUUUUCAGUUAAGCCAAUUCUUAGCCUAAUGCAAACUGCAGCGCCUUUGAGCGUAAAGUAACACAACAGCGUUGCACGGGGCCGGCACUGCCGCUGCCUUCACUGAAGGCUGCAGUGCUGCUCUGGGAGCUUGGAGGAGGCACCAGCGAGGAUGACGUUCAGUGGCGCUCUUUGUUGAGAAGAGCUCACGUUAUCAACACCUUGUAAGGAAAAUACAGUGUCUGAGUUUUCAUCGGUCUUCACAUGCUGCUAUGUAUUCCACAGAGUUCCUUGCAUGUACUGAGCUUUUGUUUUAGAUGGAAUAGCACAAGGAGAAAAAUCUUUAAACUUAGUGCUUUGUCUAUUCUUUAUUUCUCUCAGGGUGGCCAGUAUUUUGACUUAUUUAUCCUGCUUGAAAGCUACUUGAGAUGUGUACUGCUAUUCUAAACACGUGAUCUAGUUUCUUUCAUCUCUGGCAUAAGAUUAUAUAACUUAAUGUUAAGUGUCUUGAGGCAUAAAAGACAAAAUGUGGCUUAUUUUAGGAUCUGUUUUUUCAUCGAGGUCUCGGGUAUCCUUUCAAAGAUAGUGAGAAGCAGACACUGCUCCUUGUGCAGCUCUGGUACCUGCUGCCCACUGCUGUCAUUCAAGCCACUGGCAAUGCCUCUGUCCUCGUGUCUUGGAGGAAAAUCACCUGGGGGGGAGGGGACUUCUUGUGGAGAGAGCAAGUGCAGGUAUGAAAUGCGAAGACUGCCCCAGCUAAAAGUGGACAAGUCCGCUUUGUGAGAUGAAUACUUCCUGAGAAACUUGACAAGUAUCUCUCCAUUUUACCAUUAUGAAAACUAUCAUUAAAAAAAACAGUUUAGAUGCCUUCUCCUUUUGAGGGAAAAAGGGUGCUUUUUAUUGUAUAAAGCAGCGUCUUAUGUAUUUUGAUAUACCAUUGUUUGAACUUCCGUCUUUAGCUGAUAGACUCUCAAAUAUCCUUGAUUUUGGAUGUUCAGUAUGUUUGUGAGAGAGGUUUCUGGGAAGACUCUCUUUUUGCCCUCGGGAAAAAGCAAAAUAUCAAUGUUUGGGUGACUGUGUAAAGCUCAGUGUGUAAGAACAUCUUUUUGUCUAGGUUUUCUUUCUGCUCUUUAUUGAAGACAAACACUCACCAAAAAGAAAAAUAAAAGUUUUCAGAGAAACUAAUUUUCUUUGGCAAGAGUAUUACUUAAUAUUUUGGCCUCCUAAAGUUUCCCUAGUUAGUACUUGGACUCCUGUGCUAAUUGUCAGCUUACAUAUCAUUGUAUAGAGACUGUUUAUUCUGUACCAAACUGAUUUCAAAAGUACUACAUUGAAAAUAAACCGGUGACUGUUUUUCUUCAUAAAGUUCUGCGUUUGGCAUCUUCACUCUUUCCAAAAUGUAUCUGUACAUCAGAAAUGUCACUAUUCCAAGUGUCUUUUUAGUGUGGCUUUAGUAUGGCUUCCUUUUAAUAUUGUACAUACAUUGUAUCUUUGUUUUAUGGUAAUAAGUGAUAAAAAUGUAGACUUCAUAUUUUGUACAAAAUGUCCUAUGUACAGAAUAAAAAAGUUCAUAGAAACAGCAAA